AUGGUGCAAUGCUCGGGACAGACGUAUCAGGCGGCGGAUGCGCAAGGCCGCCAUAGGGAUGCCAAGCCCCAGCUGCCUUCACAUGUUUGGAAAGCGGGGCCGCAAUUGCGGCACAAAGUCCAGGAGUUCCGACGAGAUCGCAAGGAGUACAAGAAAAGCACAAGUUACCGUCACGUUGUUGCAGCACGUCUGCAUACCACCAUGCGGCGCUGGUCUGCGGCCAGCUGCUGCUUAACAUCACUGCGUGGGAUCGGGGAAGCCCGGUGUCAUGAUGUAAAUUAUGAGAAACAUGCACAAAGCAUCGUGGACAUGGCAAGCCGCGCAAGUAUUAGGGCGAGCAACUGGGAGAACACAGUGUUGCUCCUCGCUCAUCUGAAUCUACAGCAAGCACCUGAUCGCCUGAUACGUCAAGAAGUUGGCGUUGGCAUAGGGGCAGAACAGCGCUGGAGGCAAGCUCUCGCCUACUUUGAAUUUCUGGUGCAGUUUGGCAUGCGCCCAUAUCAGUCCUACUACAGCACGACAAUGCGCUCAUGCGGCAAAUCACUUCGCUGGGAUUGGAGCCUUGAGCUCCUGUGGAACCUUUGCCGGGCUGGUAUUGGCGUGGACGUCCACCUCGAGAGCAUGCAAAUUGAUGGCCCGUUUGAACAAGCAGCACAGGCCUGUCGCCAUGCAGGGUCCUGGUCCUGUGCUCUGAGUGCCCUGAAGAUACUGCAACUUGCCCGUCGGGUUUCUGCAGCAACAUCCGCUCUUUACGUGAAGGUUAUGGGCGCAUGUUGCUGCAGCAGGACUUGGACGGGCGCUCUGACCGUGCUGGAGCAGGUCAGUCAGGAUGGCCUCCGGCCUUGUCUGAGGACUUGCACGGCUUCAUUGGUUGCUUGUGAAAUAGGAUCGCGCUGGGAACGGUCUGGAUUGUUAUUGGGCUCUAUGGAGAAGUGGCAUCUGCACCCUGUUGAAGGAACGUUCAACCCGGUCUUGGAGGCAUGCCAUAGCGCCAGCAAUUGGGCUUCAACGUUAGCAUAUCUGCGUCACAUGAGCCAAAGCUAUUUCGUGCCUGAUGCGAGAAGGUAUGCAUCUACUGCCCGAGCACUGCUGAAGAACCGCAUGAUUGACGGAGCACUGGGAAUCAUUGGGGAAAUGCAGCAAUUUGACCUGGACGUGGGCGUUACUGGGCCCAUUGUGUUCACGGCUAGCAUGCGAAGCUUUGCGGAGUCGGUUGCUUGGAGACAGGCGAUCCAAGCACUGGGCCAUUACUUCGAUUACGGCCUCCAAGCAGACAUGCAACUGCUCUGUGCAGUUGCCACCGCGUGCAGAAGAGCGGACAGCUGGAGUCACGUUCUGCGUGUGCUCGGUCAUGCUGGCAUCGAAGUGGAUAUCACUGCUCAGAAUCUGGCAAUUAGUGCGUGUGCCUGUGUCCUUCGGUGGCAGCAGGCCCACGGCCUGGUCGGAUGCUUGGGGCAAGCUGCUCUGCAGCUUGAUCAUAUCACAUUACCAUCUUGUUUGGGAAUGACAUCAACGCAGGCCGCACAGGUUCAAAGAGAUCCUAGUCAGCCUGGUGGUCAGUGGCAGGCUGCGUGGCCCAAAGCUGCCAUGAUGCUUGCAACACCAGGUUUCCGCACCGAUGCGAUGCUCUGCUACGCCGCUGCAAAGUUUUACGAGAAGGCGCUUUGCUGGAAACAGGCGCUUGAGAUCUUACAUGUCCUGCCGACUGUCGGCCUUCGCCCAGACAUCGCCACAUUCAAUUCGGUGUUUCUCGCUUGCGGCCAGAGUCUCUUUUGGUCAAAAGCUUCAGAUUUGAUGGAGCAGAUGUCUCGCCGCUUAGUCAAGAAGGACAUGGUGUCUUUCGAUGCCUUAGUCUCGGUGCAGGGGCAGCAGACCUUUUGGGCAGAUGUGGUGCACCUCCUUCUGCACUCCAGGUCACAGCACAUGCAUCCUGACCGCGCAUUGAUUGGCCAAUCCAUCGCCGUGCUUUCUAGGGCCAACAAGCCGGAGAUAGCCGACAUGGUGAAGUCGCGUUUUGCAUCAAGCACAAGGGCCGCGCAAGUUGCGAGUUGA